AUGUCCUUGGCCUUUAAGCGCUCUCUCAAUACACCCCAACCGCACGAUGUUCGUUGCUGUUCCGUAGCAGUGUAUUAUGGUUUCUGGUCGGAUGUUUGUUGUUCGGUGUUGAUCUAUUUGCUGUGUGCGUUGGUGCUUAUUCGGCCAAAUCCACGAGCCACGAUGGUGCCUUCGAUGUGGGCCCGCUCGAAUCCUCUUCUCGGGCCAGGAUUCCGGAAAGUCAUCGUCCCUGUGCCAGAUUUCAUCACCCAAAGAUCAGCUGAUUCCAAUGUGGACCGUGGACGAACUUACGACGAAGUGUAG